UCUCUAUCGCCAACACGAAAUCGUUUUUGUAAAAUCGGCUGGGAUAUAUAUGUGUAUAUAUGUUAAAUAUCCAAUGUGAAAGUGUAUCGUAUCGUGAAAAACAAGCCCUGCUAUUCGCCCUGAAUGAAAAUCGCGGCGGAAAAUGAAACGCGGUGAAGGCGACAACGCACAACUGGUGCUCGUUGUUACAUAAAAGGCAACCUCGCCCUCUCUUCGUCAUCAUCUCAAGGCAUCAUCAUUAAUAUAACAUCAUCAACUGCAUCUUUGGAGUGUGUGGGCGUAAGUGUAGGAAAAAGGAUCACGAAAAUCUAAAAAGGAAUACCGAAAAAAAGAAACAUCUCGGAGAGGAGCAUCUCGCACCUAAAAGCGGAGCGUCCGAAGAGGAGCAGCACAAUGAGCGUCUUCGACGACUUCCAACGCCUGUGGAUGCAGCGAUUCCCGCAGAGCUCCCUGUCCGAUGCCUGGGAACAGGAUGUUCGGGCCAGUCUCGAGCGGCACAAGUCGCGCAUCCACGAGCUGAGCAAGGAACUCGAGCAGGAAACCCUCUACGUGGAGUAUCUGGAGCGCCUGCUGUCCGAUGUGGAGAAGUAUCGCGCCUCGGGCGGAGACCCCACGGCUCUUUUUGAGGCCGCCAGCGGCAGUGGCAGUGGCACCAACAAUGGCAGCACCACCACCAAUGGAGCUCCGCCAGGAGGAAGUACUCCCAAUGUGGAAAAAGAGUUUAAAUCCAGUUUGAAUCUACGUGAGUCCUCCGCAUCGUCCGGCGGCAAGGACAAGGACCGCUUGUCCCUCAACACGGACAACAAGUACACAACACACACAAAUGCCGCUGGGAGUGGGAGUGGCAGCGGUGCCGGUGGUGCGCCGAGCGGACCGCUCCACUCAGCCCCGCCCACAGGGGCGGGCAAGCGAAUAGCGGAGCUCAAUUUCGAGCGGGAGGAGCGCGACAAGGACAGCGGCAACGAAAAGGACGCCAACGGAGCCUUGCAGCAGUGCAUCACCGAGCUGGCGGCCUCCAUAAAGGCUCAGCCGGAUAAUGGAGCGGUUGGCUCAUCAGGAGGAGGAUCAUCAGGAGGCGGUGGCGGUGGCGAUGUCGAAAAGGAAUCGAAGCAACAGCCGCUGCGCAAACCCACAUCGCAAUACGUCACCGUCAUCCAGGUCAAGGAGACCAAAGAGAAGGAAGGCGACGAUGAAGCCAGCUCCUCGUCGGGGGUCAAUGACCCACAGCAGCAGCAGCAACCAACGCCGCCCUCCACAUUUGCUCGGUAUGCGGAGCCCACAGCUCCUCCGCUGUCGCCAUCGCUCACCUCGUACGCUGCCCACGUGGAGGCCAAAAAGAAAAUGCCACCAAGACCUCCGCCAAAGAACAUUCGGCGCGUGGAGCCGCCCACCAUUCCCAGCCAGCAGUUGUCGUCGUCGCCCAAGCGGGAAACUCCAUUUGUGGGCAGCACGAUGCCACUGCCAAGCAGUUCCGGCGGCAGUCUCUCCUCCGAUAGUCCGGGCAACUCGCUGGAGCGAAAUAUCAAGCCCUCGGAUAUACUGCGCCAGAAGUCGUCCGAGAAUCUGGACUCCAAGUACGCGGCGAACCGCAAAACCACACCGGAGUUGGGCAAGUUUGUGAAUGUGAACAACCCCGAGCUGAUGGAGGAGCUCGGACGCAAGAUGGUGGGCAAGACGGACAGCCUGGAGCAGGCGAAGCGGAACGACUCCUCGCCCUCCGGCGGCGGGAGCCUAGGACGCACUGCCUCCACACCGGGUCGCUCGCUGACACCGGGCAGAACCGGCGUGGGUGCCUCGCCCACUGGCAGUCUGAGCAAAACCGCGAAGUUGGCAACGGCGGACAGCAGUUCGACCAGCAGUCUGGAGAAGAAGUCGCGCACCUGCCUGCAGGCCAGCGAUGCGGAGGGAGGAUCGGGUGCAACGGGGGCGAACCAACGGACUGCGGGCUCCAAGGAGUCGCUGGCAUCACAGGGCAUAUCCGAGGUGAUCAAGAGCUACGAGAGUGUCUCCUCGCUCAGUUCGGAUAGCGCCAAGGCGGCGACGGCGUCCCAGCAAGCGGCGGCGACGGCAGGAGGAGGAGGAGGAGCAGCGACGGCGGACAACGAGCCGUACUACGAUAGCGUGCCGCUGGACAACGGCGACGGGGAGUACGUGUUCAUCAAGCCCGGACGCACUGGUUCCUCCUCGAGUCGCGACGAUCUAUCGACGCCCGGCAGCAGCACUCUGCCCCUGGCCAAUGCGGCGGAUCCAGAAUCUCCAGGCAGGACCUCCAACUACGUGAACAUCGACUACUUCCUACAGCAAAGCAAUGAGACGCGCUCCAGUUCGCUGGACAGCGAUGGGGAGUACGAGGGACCGCCCAUAUUGCGCACCAUUUCGCACGACGAGCAGACCACGUCACAAACUACACCGGGAGCACUUCGCAAGAACUUAGUUUCAGCGAUACUUGUUAGUGGAAAUGCCCGCGGUGCCAAAAUACGAUCCAUUCUCAGCUCGAUUAUUCAGAGCGAGACGAUAUAUGUGGAAUGCCUUAAUAAAAUGAUGCAGUACAAGAAGGCCAUCCACGCGACCCUAAACACAUCGCAGCCUGUGAUCAAGGAGGAGGAGGAGAACACGAUCUUCUUCAAGAUCGACGAGCUCUACAAUCUGCACACCGACUUCCUCAGGGACUUGAAGACCAUCGUGUCGCACGAGGGCGGCGAUGUGCUGAUCGGGGAGCCAUUUCGUCGCCUGGCGGAGAUGUUCGAUCUCUACAGCGCCUUUCUGCACAACUACAAGAACGCCAUCGAGACGGUGAAGAAGUGCAGUGCGAAUAAUCCGCAGUUCAAGAAGAUCGUCUCGACCAUCGUGGUCAAUCUGCAGACGGAGCAAUCGCUGACGCUCGAGGAUCUGCUGCACAAACCGGUGGCGCGGGUGCAGAUCAAUGCGCUGGUCUUCAACGAUUUGCUGCGCGAAACCCCCAAUGCCCAUCCCGACCACCAGCCGUUGCGGCAGGCGCAGAAGAUCAUCCAGAUGUUCCUUAACCAAUUCAAUGUGGUCAACCAGCGACUGCCGAGCGAAUCGAACCGGAAUCUGCGGCGCAUGGUGCGCAAUUCGUUUAUCGUCGAGCUGGUCGAUGGACACCGCAAGCUGAGGCACCUCUUCCUGUUUAACGAUGUGAUCGCCUGUGCCAAAUACAAGGGGCUGGGACGCGACCGCAUCGAUUAUGAGCUCAAGUGGUUCAUUCCGCUGAAGGACAUAUCCAUUUACGAGGAGGCGGAUCCGGCGGCCGAGCUGAAGGAAUCUAGUCCCGCGAACAUUUCGCAAGUGAAGCGCAACCUGCGCUCCGUUCGAGACCAGUUGGCUUUGGAGGUGGCCAACAGCGGUGGUGGUGGAGUGCGUUCCGGCGACAAGUAUCGCCGCAAGCUGGCCGAUCUGGAAUCCGCACUGGUGCUGGCGACGCCCAAUCUGGUGCUGCGGCUGGGCAACAAGGCGAACAACAAGACCAUGACUUUCUUCCUCAGUUCGGAUUUCGAGCGGACGCAGUGGAUCGACUCGAUUACCUCGCUCAAGCAAAAGUGCAACCUGCCUGGGGCCAAUACCAUCAAUUCGCUGGAGGUCACCGCCUUUAUUGUGGCCAUGCAGAAGGGCAUGAAGACUGAAAUGGGUUCGUAUCUGAUGCGCAACACCAACGACGAGAGCCUGCUGGUCGGAGAUCUGCACAUGGGUGUCCAGGGGCUCAGUGGCCUGGAGCAGGCUGCUGACUUGUACAUCUGCAUCGAGGUGGACUCGUAUGGCCAUUAUUUCCGCAAGGCCACCACCAAAAUGGUGUGUCGCAGCCAAACGCCGCUGUGGAACGAGAGCUUCAUGCUGGAGCUGGAGGGCAGCCAGAAUGUGCGAAUCCUCCUCUACGAGGCCAAGGAACGGCCGCUCCUAAGGGCCAAGCACAUACUCAAGUUGAGUCUUAGUUGGCUCACAGAAACCACGCAGCCGCGAACAAUUAAGCUGAGCGAGACUUUGGAGCUGGGCUGCAGCUUUCGGUUCGUUCCCGGCGAGCUGUGCCGCGCAACCACCAAACCAGGAGCCCUUUUCGGUGCCAAAAUGAGUCAAGUAUUAAAACGCGAGAAACGCGACAUUCCGUUUAUCAUCAGUGCCUGCAUUCGGGAGGUGGAGCGACGGGGGAUGCUGGAGGUUGGCUGCUAUCGCGUUAGCGGUUCUGCCUCCGAUUUGACCAAGCUCAAAAAGGCCUUUGAGUCGGAUGCUUAUGAGGCGGAGCAGCUGCUACGCGAAGUAGACAUCCAUUCGGUCACUGGUAUUUUAAAGACUUUCCUGAGGGAGCUGCCCGAGGCCCUAUUCACGGAUCAGCUGUAUCCGCGAUUCUUCGACACAUUCAGCGCCUUUAGCAAUAACAACGAAGCCACGCGAAUCAACGAGCUGCUUAAAGUCUUCGAGGAGCUGCCACAGGCCAACAAAGCCUCCAUCACCUCGAUUCUAGAUCAUCUAAUAAGAGUCCACGAAAAGGAGGCGGACAACAAGAUGUCGCUGCACAAUCUGGCCAUGGUGUUUGGACCCACACUGUUGCGGCCAGGACAGACGCAGGUGAAGCAGAAGGAUCCGUUGGCGGCCAGCACUGUCGAUGUGAUGGCACAGGCUGGCAUCCUCUACUGCUUCCUGCAGGCGCGCCUCAAGAAGGAUUCGAAUUGAGAAAGCCGUCAGCGCAAA